GUUAUAUGCUUAAAUUAAUGUAUUAUAUAUGUAUGUAUGUGUGUAUAUAUGUAUAUAUUUAUAUGUAUGUGUAUAUAUAUAUAAUCAUUUUUUGUUUGUCGACAUUAGCUGCGUCAGUCUUGUUUUCUGUGAAUUUUUUAUCUUCAUAUUUUUUUUCUUCUGAUUUUCGUAAUUUUUUCUUGAGAAACAGUGUAAAACUGCAAUGGCAUAUGUCCAAAAAACCCUUUCCAUAAAUCAUUUAAAGAAUGUACCCAGUCAGUAUUCAAGUGGUUCAGAGUCUACCGUGCAUGACCUUGGAGGUCCCAUUGCUUUAAAUCUCUGUGGUUUGUAAUGGGAUGUGUGAUGUUAAAUUAUUUCAAAUCAAAUUUGAAAGAGCCAAAUUUAAUAGGUUUCCAUUUUCCCAGUAUGAGUUACAAAUAUUAAUGUAAUGAUAAUACUUAAAAAUAAACUUUUUCUAGUUUCUACCCUAGUGAGAAAUAUGGCAUGGCCCAGCAAGCAAGUUUGAACAGAGAUGGGUUUGAAAGAGAAGAUGGUGGUGGUGACGGGGUUCGGACCGUUCGGCGAGCACAGUGUGAACGCCAGCUGGGAGGCGGUGAAGCUGCUGCCCUCUCUGGCGCUGGACGAGGAGCUGGGCUUGCGCUUGCACGUGGAGGAGGUGUCGGUCGCGUACGACGCCGUCUCCUCGCAGGUGCCGCGCCUCUGGCAGGCUCUGGAGCCCGCGCUCGUGGUGCACGUGGGCGUGUCGAGUGUCGCCACGGACGUGGUGCUCGAGAGCUGUGCUCACAGGGCAGGCUACGUGAAGCAGGACGUGUGCGGCAAAGUCCCGCUGGACGGCCAGUGCUGCAACGGAAGCACCGAGAAAAUAAUUUCCGACAUCGACGUGGAGUUGAUCAGCAAGAAGGUCAACGAGUCAAAUAUCGGCGUGGCUACGUCAGUUUCUAGGAAUGCUGGGAGGUACCUUUGUGAGUACAUAUACUACACAUCUCUGUGCAUCAACAACUUGCGCUGCAUAUUUGUCCACGUCCCACCGCUCGGCAAGCCAUACUCUGCGCAAGAGCUUGCACGCGCUCUCAAAGAAAUCAUCAAGGUCAUCGUUCAAAACAUGGACCAGUUUGAAGGCAGACGCUGUGAUGCUACGUGCGACAAAAAUGUGUUAUGAUGAAACUGCAAAACCAUGCCAGAAGUUUUUCAUGAUUUUCACACCUUUGGGAAUGGGCUUACCAAUGAAAAGCCAGUUUAAAAGUAUGACAAUUUGUGGGGGUCAGUGCCUUCAGGAAUUCUUGUGUCAUCCGUGUAUAUAAUAUAAUUGCUUUAGAUUUCAGAAAAGAAAAAAAAAUUAUCUGCCAACAGGCAAAAACUCAGAUUCUGAAGAGAAGAAGGUAUCAAAGCAUGAUGUCAGUGUGAAAAGUCACUAAUUGUGGAAUCUGUUCCAUUUUGAUGUUUAACAUGAAUACGCACAAUUUUCAGGUAAACAUUUUAGACUUGUGUCCGAUUAAGAGAGUGUAAAGAUUUUAAAUUUUUUAUUUUAUUUUUGCAUUACUGUUGUCUUGUAUAAAUGUUUCAGUAUAUUUUUUGGGGUUGAUACUAACACUAAGUGGCAACACCUUCCACAUUUUUUAAAAUAAUUUUUAUUGGAGUUAAAAAAUUUUAUUGACUGGUGUUUAAGUUUAAUAAAUACCAAUAGCAAAAUUUCUGUAUGUGAAUAUGUUUAAAGUCACUGUAGACAAUUUUACCAUUCCUAGUUUUUUUAUUAUUGAUUUCUAGACACAUUUAAAACAAUUUGUUUGCAUAUUUUGAUAAAAGCCCUUAAAAGUAAUUUAUUUUUAUUUUUAUUUAUUUCGUAUGUUAGCUAGGUAAAGAGGUAGCUGAACAUAAUUUUAUAGUAUUUGUUAUUUCUAAGAGAGAGGAAGGUGAUGCUCUGAAGUGUGAGAGUCAGGAAUGGGUGUUCCGCCGAGCGUGGGAACUCAAAGGCAAAUAUAUCACAGUGAAGGAAGCAUGAUUAAGAAUUAGAAAGAAACAGAGAAGCGAGAGUAUGCAGAGAUUUUUUAUGUAUUGUAACUGGUGCCUUGAUUAGCUGAUUUUGUAAGGAGUGUUUGUGAUUGGUUGUUAGUAAGCCUGUGCGAAUAUCAGUUUUUUAGUUCGAAUAGAAUUCAAAUAUGAAUACCAAAUUAUUCUCGAAUACGAAUAUUGAGUUCGAAUAAUUGGAAUGAGAAUUGAAAUCCCAUAAAACAAGUUAUAUCACAUCACAUUACAAUAUAACAGGUACAUAUUUACUGAUACAAUGUAUUUAGAAUCAAAAAACUGACAGUACUUAAAAUUUUAAGGUUCUCCAAUUUUAUAAUCAGUUCGUAUUAAAGAGUCUUUUCACAUCACUACAUAUUAGCUAAUUUAAAUUUUUGUGGAGAAACACAAGCUGCUCUACAUUUUCGGGGAGUAGACUCUCUCUUCUACACGUCACAAUGUUGCCAGCUGUUGAGAAAAGUCUCUCACUGCACACUUGUGUGGCAGGUAUAUAGGCAAGUACUUUCUUGCUACCACAGCUAUGUUUCGGAAACAAGUGCGCCCCUUCUCUGACCAGAAACUGAAAGGCUGAGCUGCUGUUGAAGGUUUCACGUAGGCCCACAGAGAUGACUUCUUAAUAGGCAUUUCACUUGUAGCCUCACUUGUCUCAGUUAUAGUUUCAGCUACUGUGUUCAGCUUACACAGCUUAUAUACCUCCCUGCACAAAUUUUCAACCCAUAUCUUUUUUUAUCCUCAAUUAGUGAAUCUUUGAACCGUGGAUCUACCAUCAUAGAAAACACAUUUACUUCACAAUCUUGGUACACCAUGUAACGUGAUCGCAAGCUUUUAAGUAAGUUCUUGGCAAGAGAUUUUUUUCGGGACAGGAUAAUUGCCUGAGCUGUCACUACGUGAGGAAUUUGGGAAGAGUCGGAUGGGUAUGAAUUGGUGGGGGGGUUGUUUCCGCCUGCAUCCGGUCGUUUACUGUGUAUUAUCCUAUUGAAAAACAUUGACGUAGCAUGUUAGGCUUUUGGAGUCUUUGCUGUGAGUAUGCGGCCAGAUGUUUUCCACAUGGUCUGUACAAUUUUCUUUCUCUUCGCCGUCACGUUCGGAACGAAAUUACAGUGCCGACAAACCAUGUUUCAUCCUCUAAUCUGAAAACUGUCACCUAUAACACCCCAGUUGUGUGGAUUUUACAGACACGUAUUUAUCUUUAUCAGUAUGCUGACAGUUCAGAUCUAUUUUAAACGACCUGACGACAUUCUUCUACAUAAAAUACGUUAGUUAUCGCUCCGGAUUACUGUGUUAAAACGGGCUUUACGUGGCCAGAUGUAGUGGAAUAACUCCACAUACAUAACUCUAAAACAUUACAAAAAUCCCGCGGAACUUUUGCCCUCGCCCAACGAGAGAAACCUCCGUAAUCCCGAAAUGUUUCCCGGUUUCAGUGAUCCCGUUCAGCCUUUUUCGUAAAUGACUAUUCAUUUUUUCGAAGUGUUAGUAUUUGAAAUUGAAUACGAAUAAUACCGUAUUCACUCGCGUAAUGUCCGCCCUCGCAUAAUGUCCGCACCCUUUAUUUAUAUAUCCUUAAAAGAAAAAAUUAAAAAUUCGCAUAAUGUCCGCACCAGUCGUCUAAGGCGGGCAACACAACUUUGUCCACCCCUAAAUGACGCAGUACGAAUGGAAAGUUGACGGCUCUGUAAACAAAGCCGUGACCUUCAGCUGUCCUUUCUCUCCUGUCCUGAAAGGGUGGGGAAAUUCGUUGAACUGAACAAAGCACAGUAACGGUAAACACAGCUGACCAACACGCACGCAAGUUCAAGGCAUGAGUUUCGCGUCGAGUUUUGUAGUGUAGAGUACAGAAUGGGUAAAUAUAAAUCCUUCACUGCACAGUUUAAAUUAAGAGUUGUUCGUUAUGCUGAAGAGCAUGGGAACAGGGCUGCUGAAAGGGAGUUUGAAGUGCAGGAAAAAAGUGUUAGUCAGUGGCGGAAAAUAAAAGAACAGUUGCAGUCAACAAAUGCAACACGGCGUGCGUUUCGCGGACCCAAGGCUGGGAAGUUCCCAGAACUUGAAGUUAAAGUUUUAAACUAUAUACGUGAAUUAAGAAGUAAUACCUGUGCUGUUUCGUAUGAAAUGGUUCAAGUAAAGGCGCGGGGAAAAAAAAAUUAACAUCACAUUUGCUGACAUGGAUCAGUCUUGUUUUCUGUUGAGGUAAGACACGCAGCGCAGCGUAAAAGAAACGUCAACUUUAAUUAGUGUAUACCCUGUUUUACGUGUCAGGACAGAACAGAACCCCUCUUUGUUUACAUUUGGUUGGAAUCCCUCCCUCGGCCAUUCUCACGCUCUAAAUGUUUCCUUCCCCUUCCUCCUUCUCUACGUCACGAAGGCCAUCAGUUGCCGGAAGGGGGGGGGGGGGGGGGAGUACAGUGCGCAGCAGAUGUGGCACUGGUGAGUCACUGCGCUGUUGCCAGCUCGCUGGUUCCCUACGCGCCGCACGUAAGGAUAUGGUACGGCUAAAAUAUUGCAGCCGUGCCGUUAAUAGCCGUUUUAAUCCAUCACAUAUUAAUCACAUUAAUAAGGCACACGUAACCACAGUUAUUUCAGUGUAGCGUGUAAUUUUUUUUAAUGUUCCGGCGGGUGCGAGACAGUUACCGGUGGCAAUUACAGCAAAGUAAACAUGGUCUAAGCCGGGUUGUUUGCAAGCGAUCCCGCAGCAAUAUUCUUUUAAAAUACAUAGCUAGUUAAAUCCAAAUUGAUUUUAGAUACGUUUUGUGCCUUUUUAGUAAUAAUUAAGACACAAAAUUUUGUAUUUUUGUUUUUCCUCGCAUAAUGUCCGCACGCCAUUUUUUUGGCCAAAAAAGUGGUCAAAUUACUGCGGACAUUACGCGAGUGAUUACGGUAAACUAUUCGUUUUGAUAUUCGAAAAUUCGAAUAUUCGCACAGGCCUAGUUGUUAGGGACACAUGACCACCUCCCUUCUUCGUGGAUAGCGCUAGUCAAGUCAUCCAGUAGUAUUAUAGUUUGCUUUUCAUGUUACUGAAAGGUUGUGUUACGAUAAUAUAAUAACGUAAUUUGAGAAGUAAAUUUUGUGUCUGUGGCCAGGCUUUUUUUAACUUUGGAAUUGGAAUUUGUUGAUCACAAUCGUCAGAGUGAGUCCACAACAAGGCAAACGUAAGUUUUUUUGUCUUCAUUCUUGGGAAGGAGUCCUUCAGUUGUACUUUACUUUGAAAGACUUCCAGGAAGCAAUUAUUGCAUUAAAUAAUUUUUUGUUUGACUUUUCAGAACCAUUUAAAAGGAAAUUUAUUUAGAAAGUUACAAUACAUGAAAAAUCUCUGCAUACUCAGAUCUUCUUUGUUUCUAAUUCUUUAUCAUGCCUCCUCCAUGAUGAUAUAUUUGUCCUCAAGUUCCCACGCUUGACUUGGAACACCCAUUUCUGUGUUUUUCUCACACUUCAGGGCAUUACCUGCCUCUCUUUUAACCAUAACUCUUACCAAUAUGAAUGAGACAAUUUAAUGCAAAAAUUUCCAUUUUGAGUUAAAAAACAAAAAAUAUAUAAAAAUGGCACUGUUGUGGUUGACUGGCCGGUGCUGGUAAGUGAUGUGGCUAUCUGCCGUUGGCCCUGUGGCACUCUGCUAGAGGGGGAAUCUACAAAUAAACCAGCCAGAGAAAAGAGAAUGUGUGUUUGAGUGCCUGUGACCACGCAGCAGUGUUUAUGGUUCUCCCUCCCUCUACGUCGUCGUAAACUGGCACGGUACACAUUCAUCACAUCUGUCUCGACAGGUUUUUGUGAUGAAACUGUGUCCAAACAUUGUUUUUGCAUGCAAUUUCCUAGUCUGUAUACUGCAACAUUUCAUUCAUGACAAAACUGCUGUAAAAUGCAUGCUUGUUUGUGCUGAAGAAAAUGACAAAAAAAAAUUGACAAGGAAAUAACCUGCAGUCUUUUCUCUCUUUAGGAAGAUGGGAAGGGAAACAUGGGUAUUAAAAUAGCUGUAAUUUUUGUUAGAUAGUGCUAGAAUGAAUGGGGAGGGAGGAGGAAGGGCCAUUAAGAAUGAAGAGGGGGAAAGACGAAGGACAUCAGUGCCAUUUCUUACACGGCAAUAAGCUGAGAUACAGAUCAGCUGUGACUUCAACUUAGACUUCUCUUGUAUUCUACUGGAGACAGUUAUAUGGAGUGACUCAUAUUCUAGGGCGACUCUUAUAAUGAAAAGGUUACAUUUUUUGGCCCACAAUUGGGGUGUGACCCAUACGAAGAGGUGACCCUUCUGCGUGUAAAUAUGGUACUUGCAGAAAUUUUGCUAUAAUUUAUAAAAUUCCAAAACCAAUCAAUAAAAUGUCUUAACUCCAAUAACAUACAUUCCAAAAAGAUGUAUGUAAUCGGUGUGGCCCAUUGCAAUCCACAACUGAUUCUCUGUGAGGAAUUCACAACUGCUUUAAGCAAUGAUCCUUAAUUGGAUAAUUGUCAAUACUCAGGUGGUUGGGAUGGUAGUGGUGGUUUCAAACCAACACAAUUAAAGUUGGUGGUAUGGGUUGAAUCCCAGCCGAAUUUUUCACUAAGAGUUGCACACAUCAGAAUUUGCAGAAAGCAUCUGUUUUUUUUCUUGUAGUGCUUCCAUCCACUCUCUUCUUGUUGCUUAUAAAUAGUUAAUUGUUGGAAUUAUAACACAUUUCAUUGACUCCUUGAGGGGUCUGGACAAUUAGCUUGCAACAGAUCUGUAGUUAUGAGUCUACAGGUCCAUAGAUGUGUUUUUUCUCUCAUGCAUCACAAUGCUGGAGGAAAUAAAAUAAUGAAACUGUCAGAAUUUAAAUAAGCAGAACAGUUUAAAUGCUACAACUGUGUCCAUUUUCGUACAAUAGCACUAAAUACAGGUAGAUUCAUAGCAUCAGAGUAAAUUAUUUGAGCAAAUUUUAGUUGUAAAAAAAGAAAAUCCUUAUGAAGCUAAAAGUUAAUUCUUUAAAUGUACAUAUGUAUCUAUAUGAAUAAAUAUUUUGAACAUU